AUGACAGUUGGAGCUGUUCUGCAGGUGCUUGCAGUGUGGUUGCUGCUAACUGUGGUGGCCAUACAAGGAGAUGAAUCCUGUAAGCCACCACACCACAUGAGGUGUGACAAUGGAAUGUGUAUAAUGGUCUUCUUCAGAUGUGAUGGAGAUAAUGACUGUGGUGACUGGUCAGAUGAACAUGGCUGCAAUGGCACAGAGCCUGCUACUCCAGAGUGCAUGGCUGAUGAAUUCAGAUGUGGAGAUGGCACUUGCAUCCCACCUGAGUGGAUAUGUGAUGGGAGUCAGGACUGCAGUGAUGGUAGUGAUGAAGUGCUGGGCUGCAGCAAACGGCUAUCAUGUCAUGAAGACUUCCUAUGUGACAACCACCACUGUGUCCCAAAAGCAUGGCAGUGUGAUGGGAAUGAUGACUGUGGUGAUGGCAGUGAUGAAAUGAAUUGCCAUGGAAAAUCAGCUAAGCCAGACUGUGAUGUUGCCCACAACUUGUAUGCGUGCAGAGAUGGCCUACAUUGUAUAGAAAUGACUGAAGUGUGCGAUGGCACACCCCACUGUCUUGAUGCCUCAGAUGAAGGUUUACUGUGCCAAAAAAAUGUUGAUGAAUGUCUCACCUAUGGCAUCUGCUCCCAGAAGUGCAACAACACCAAUGGUGGUUACUUGUGUUACUGUGCUGAAGGCUACUCAUUGCAAAGCAACAACCAUACCUGUGCUGCCAAUGAGGGUGAAGCUGUACUGCUUUUUUCAACAAAAACUGAAGUUCGUGCUUACUUCAUGAAAAACAAGGUGUACAUAACUAUUGCAGACAAUCAAAAGCAUAUAGCUGGUGUGGGAUAUGAUGGUUCCUAUGUCUACUGGACAAGUGUGAGAGACGGUGAAGAGGCUAUACUGCGAAGCAAUGCAGAUGGUUCUGCAAUAGAUGUUCUUGUCACAUCAGGUCUUAGCUUGCCAGAAGAUUUGGCCUUGGAUCUUGUGACUGGAAACAUAUACUUCACUGAUGGGGAAGAAAGCUACAUAGGGGUAUGCACAAAAACUGGCAAAGAAUGUGCAGUUCUGGUGAAUGAAGAUGUACUGAAGCCCAGAGGCAUUGCCCUACUGGUCCAGAAGGGGCAAAUGUUCUGGUCUGAUUGGGGAAAUGUGCCAAAAAUAGCAACUGCUGGGAUGGAUGGAUCUUUUCCUAGGGUACUUGUAUCAGAGGUUCAGUGGCCUAAUGGCAUAGCAAUAGACUUAGGGAAUCAACGUCUAUACUGGGUUGAUGCCAAGCUCCAGACAAUAGAAUCUGUGGCCCUGGAUGGCUCGGACAGAAGGAUUAUCCUGAAAGAUGUUGUGAAGCACCCAUACUCAAUAGCAGUAUUUGAAGACACUUUGUAUUGGUCUGACUGGCAUGGAAAGCAGAUCUUGUCUUGCAACAAAUACACUGGGAAGGAGCACAAGAAUUUAGUGAGGUCAAGAAAAAAUCAUAUUUAUGGAAUAAGCAUCUACCAUCCUGUUCUCCAUCCACAGGUGAGAAACCCAUGUGAAAGUGCUGGCUGCAGUGACAUCUGCAUGCUUGCUCCAGAUGAUUCAUACACUUGCACCUGUCCAGAAGGAAAGCAGUUGGCUAGUGAUCAGCAUACUUGCAUGGAUCUCCAGAGGAGACAGCUAAUUGUGGCAACUGCCGGCAAUCGAAUAGUGGAGGUGGAGCACAGAAUCCUUGGAAAGCAAUCGUACUCAGUUAUGAUGCCAACGGGUAUUCAACAGAUAGAUGCUACUACAUACAGUCCUGUAGAUGAUAUGCUGAUAUUUGCAGACAACUCACAGAGAAAAUUAUUCACUCUGUCCCUUGCCACAAUGAGCCUGAAGACUUUGAUCAGACGCAGGAUUGGGUGGCUAACUAGCAUGGAUUUUGAUCCCUAUGGCAAUAACUUAUACUGGACGGACUCCGAACGCAACAUUGUUGAGGUGAUGAGCAUGGCUACAAAACGACGUAGUGUGUUGCUGCGAGGGGUUGGUGAUGAGGCACCUCACAGUAUAGCUGUAGUCCCACAAGAGGGGUACAUGUUUGUUGCUUGUGGGAUGGAAGGCAAGAUACAUAUAGAUAAAAUGUUCAUGGAUGGUUCUGGUAAGAGGGAUCACUCAAUUAAAGGUAUUAAGGGGCCAGAAGUGUCCCUGUGGUAUGAAUCUGGUUUAAACGAAAUUUUCUGGGCUGAUAGUGGAAAGAAGACUAUCAGCAGCUUUCCCAUUGAUGGUAAGUAUGUUUUGUGGAGACCUCUAUGUAAAAGCAAAAAGGGAUAG